CUUAUUUUUAUUUUUUAAGUUGAGGUUUAAUCUCCUUCUUCGUUAGAAGCUGUACGAGCAGGAUCUCUUUCUAGUUCUCGCACCAUACCUUCAAACAAACCCUAGAAGUACCAAAGCGCGAGGGGCAGCAGAUCUUUUAGGGUUAAUCGAGCGAACUCUGACAUGGUAGCGAUCUAGGGUUUUCUUCACGUUCACCCUAUCAAACCUGAACAUGUCGAAGAGAAAGUUCGGCUUCGAAGGCUUUGGCAUCAACCGCCCCGCCACUUACAGCUUCGAGCGGUCUCAAGCUCCGCAGAGACUAUAUGUUCCGCCGUCCUCGCGCGGCAGCAGCCACGACAACUACGAGGACCAUGACCUCGACAACAUCGAGUACGACGACGACAGGGAAGACGGUGGAAACGACGCGGUAAAGGACGGCGGCGAUGAAAUCGAUCCUCUCGAUGCGUUUAUGGAGGGGAUUCACGAGGAAAUGAAGGCGGCGCCGCCCACGGCGGCGAAGGAGAAGGCAGAGAAGUACAGGGACGACGACGACGACGAUCCGAUGGAGAGCUUCUUGAGGGCGAAGAAGGAUUUGGGCUUGACUUUGGCUUCGGAGGCUCUUCGAGCUGGGUACGAUUCGGAUGAGGAGGUUUAUGCGGUGGCGAAGGCUGUUGAUGCUGGGACGAUUGAGUAUGAUUCAGAUGACAAUCCCAUCGUCGUUGAUAAGAAGAGGAUUGAGCCGAUUCCAGCUUUGGAUCAUAGCACGAUUGACUAUGAGCCAUUUAAUAAAGAUUUUUACGAGGAGAAGGCUUCAAUUUCAGGGAUGAAUGAGCAGGAUGUUGUCGAAUACCGGAAGAGCUUGGCUAUUCGUGUUUCAGGUUUUGAUGUUCCAAAGCCAAUUAAGACGUUUGAAGAUUGUGGCUUUUCAGUCCAGUUAAUGAACGCUAUUGCAAAGCAUGGGUACGAGAAGCCUACGGCAAUACAAUGCCAAGCUUUACCAAUUGUAUUUUCUGGGAGAGAUAUCAUUGGGAUAGCAAAAACUGGUUCCGGGAAAACUGCGGCUUUUGUGCUUCCCAUGAUUGUCCACAUUAUGGAUCAGCCUGAGCUUGAGAAAGAAGAGGGUCCAAUUGGGGUAAUUUGUGCACCUACUAGAGAAUUAGCUCAUCAAAUAUUUUUGGAGUCCAAAAAAUUUGCAAAGUCACAUGGGAUACGUGUAUCUGCAGUCUAUGGUGGAAUGUCCAAACUUGAUCAGUUCAAAGAACUCAAGUCAGGAUGUGAGAUAGUGGUUGCUACUCCUGGCAGAUUGAUAGACAUGCUAAAAAUGAAGGCGUUGACAAUGUUGAGGGCAACUUACCUUGUACUUGAUGAGGCUGACAGGAUGUUUGACCUUGGGUUUGAACCGCAAAUAAGAUCUAUUGUUGGUCAGAUUAGACCGGACCGGCAGACACUACUCUUUUCUGCAACAAUGCCGCGCAAAGUUGAAAAACUGGCUAGAGAAAUUCUUACAGAUCCUGUUAGAGUUACUGUAGGAGAAGUUGGGAUGGCAAAUGAGGAUAUUACUCAAGUUGUUCAUGUGAUAGCUUCUGAUGCUGAGAAAUUGCCUUUGCUUCUUGAUAAGCUUCCUGGAAUGAUUGAUAAUGGUGAUGUUCUUGUAUUUGCCUCAAAAAAAGCCAUAGUUGAUGAGGUUGAAUCGCAAUUGGCUCAGAGGGGGUUUAAGGUUGCAGCUCUUCAUGGUGAUAAAGACCAGGCCUCUCGCAUGGACAUCUUGCAAAAAUUUAAGUGUGGAAUCUAUCAUGUUCUAAUUGCAACCGAUGUUGCUGCUCGUGGUCUUGACAUCAAGUCCAUUAAGUCAGUGGUCAACUUUGAUAUUGCUAGAGACAUGGACAUGCAUGUCCAUCGUAUCGGUAGAACAGGUCGUGCUGGUGAUAAAGAUGGGAUUGCAUACACUCUUAUAACGCAAAAAGAGGCACGGUUUGCAGGUGAAUUGGUUAACAGUUUGAUUGCCGCUGGUCAGAAUGUGUCAACGGAGCUGAUGGAUCUUGCCUUGAAGGAUGGGAGAUUCAGGUCCAAACGUGAUGCUCGAAAAGGAGGUGGCAAAAAGUGUAGAGGGAGGGGAGCUGGUGGAGGUCGUGGUGUUCGUGGUGUGGAUUUUGGUUUGGGUAUUGGAUACAAUCCGGAGUCCAACAAUACACCCCCAUCUCACACCGUUCCUGGUCGAUCUGCUGCAGUCAAUUCAUUGAAAACAGGGAUGAUGGCACAGUUCAAAAGCAACUUUGUAGCUGCUUCUUCAAAUUCAGAAAGCCAAGAAUUGAGCAACAGUUCAAACACAUAUAUGAAUAAGAGGCCUGCAUUAGCUGGGUUCGUCUCUGGCGGUUCCAUAGGAGGGGAUAUAAAUGCGGUUCAGCCAAAGAGUUCCCUUGCUACUGCUACAUUAGGAGGGAACUCCACUGGUCAUGACUUCAGAGAGCAUGCAAGUCCAAAGACUUCUGAAAGUUCCAGGGACAGAGGGAGAGAGAGGCGGAGACCCUCUGGAUGGGACCGAUGAUUGAUACCGCAAGCAAGCACAACGCUGUUCUUGUAUGGGAAUGAUAACUUUUAUGGGAAAUUUUGAAAUGAUCAUCUGUAAUAGUAUUUGUCUUCUUGUUCCAUUUUCUUCCUUCUAGUCUACUGCUGAUUCGGUUUGUGGUUAUAGCACAUUCAGUCUAUAGGAUUUUUUUUUUUUCUUUUUUCUUUUUUUUUUUAAAAUUUAAGUCUGAAGCAGAUUAAAGUAAUGUACCUGAAAUUUUAUCAGUACCAUCAAGUUUACAGCACAAUGUGUAGAUGCUUUGCCCAUAAUAACAUUUUGUAGUUGAGACAUUGUGGAAA